AUGCCUCCGAUUUGCUCUUUCUGCAAAGAGAUAGGGCACAGCCUGAAGAGAUGCUCAAGAGCUCCCAUAACCUGUAAAGCCUGCAACUCAUCUGGGCAUAACAUGGAAACCUGUCCCAAAGGUACAUCUCAGCUAUCCAAGGGGAAGAAAACUCGCCGUGGCAGGUCUAAGAGUAAACAGCGUGUGACACUGGAGUACAGAGCAAUACCGAAUCAACCUUCAAUCCAGGUUUCUGAUUCGCCUGUUUGUCUCCUGGGGUCGGGUAAAGACUUUGUUCAAGGUGAAACUAGUUCCUCAAAGCCUGCCAUCCCCAAUGAGCAGGGUAAGGACAUUAUCGCCAGCCGUAAAAGCAGCUGCACUUCGGAUGCUGAACAUGAUUCCUCGGAUGUUCAGUCGGCUGAGUCCGAUCUUGAAGAGGGUGAACUAGUGGUUGAAAAGAUGUGGAAAACGGUACAGUCAAAGAAGAAGCAGACUGGUACGAAGGAAGUCAGGGGCAAGGGCCCCAAAUCAGCUUAA